UCCCUCUGGCCGAAAGACCGGGCGGCAUGACUUAGGCCGGAUAUUGGAACCGUAAUGUAGCGGAUAGCAGAAACACGAUCCGCGAACAGGCUGAGGUUUUAGGAGGGGCGAAGCCUGAACUCGUGGAUAGCUCAUGGAAAUGGAUUGAAGGCCCACGCACUUUGGCUCGAGAGGUACGGAAGCCGAAGCCCCGAGGAUUCGUUCCACCAUCGCCUAGCGAGCACGAUGGACAAAUGGGCCGGAGAGGCCCGCAAGAGGGCCGCAAUGGUGGCCGAGGUUUUGAAAGAUGCAGCCUUUGACCUGUCGUGGGAUGUCCGAGAUCACGCGAAGACCGGUUUUGGCGUGCCGAAAUUGGUGUCUUCCGUGGCUUCCCUCGGUGUUGCGACUGUGGCUGCAGCCGGGGUAGCUUCUGUGGGUUUCGAUCUCGGCGGCAAGUUUUUUGGCAAGAGGGAGUGUAACACCUGCAAUGGCUGGGAAGGCUUGCGGUGCACCAUGUGCCGGGGUUCGGGCAAAGUUCGCUAUAACAUCAACGAUUCCUCACUUGCGGAUUCUGAAAGAGCAAGUAGCAGAAGCGUUGCUGCAGCUGCCAUGGAGGGUCGGGCUGAUAUCGAAUAUAUUCCUGCCUCUAUUGGCAUGAGCUUGCCGUAUCCGUACAGAGAUUGCCCUGCUUGCGAAGCCACGGGUGUCAUGGUGUGCUCUACUUGCGAAGGCGAUUCCUGGAAACCCAAAUUCAAUUUUGAUAAUAUAAUGAAUGCACCUUGGCAAUCAUGGGAUGUAUACCGGAAAAUGAAGCCCCCAACUUUACAGGGAAAAGGGGAAGUAAUUAGGGAUCCAGCCAUGGCGGCUUUUAGCAUGUAUGGACGAGCGGAGGCCGAACAAGGUAUCGCCCUUGAUGAAGAUGUGAAGGAGAAGAUGAUGUACAAUUAUCAGGAUGCAAGGGAGUACGAUUACCUGCGAGAGCGAAUAGAGAGAAGAGAACCAGGAUGGGAAAAUAUGCAGGAAGUUCUUUUUACGAAAGAUCCUGAGAGAGCAUUAUCGGACCCUGUCAUAAUAUCGGACCCUGCAUAUUAUACUGCUAAGCAGAAAAUACAAGCAGAGGUUCACGACCUCCCGGUGCCACCAACGCCUGCUGAGUGGAUGAACGACGUCAAGUACCCUCUGAGUGAAGCCGACUGGAGCAAAAACGAAUUGAAGGAUCCUAGAGCUAAAACCGAAAUGGAUGUUCUUCUGCGAGGCCAAGAGCAGUUCUACAAGAGCAUGAAAGACCGAUCAUGGGCGAUGCAUUGGCGGAAGAUGAAAGCCGCGGAAGUAACAAGAAAUAAAAUUAACUCAUUUGAGCACGGUCUUGAGGUGGACUCAUAUCAAUCCGCUCAGCCAGAAGCUUUAAGGAGUGAAGCAGAUGUCGCAUCCACCGCAGCGGCAAGUUCAGUCCCAACUAAAGUAAAACGGGCUGUAGAGAAGAAGACAGAUGCAAAGAAGCGACCUGAUGAUGAGAAGAAAAAGAGGGAGAGGCAGGAGAGAGCUGAACGCAUGGCUAGACAAGCGGCUGAGAGAGAAGCUGCGUUGGCAAAAGCCAAAGCAGCCCGGGAAAGAAAGGGUGCGUCAUAAAUGAAGUCUCAUUGUGACUUUUAUAACACCUCGGAUAUAUUAGAUUGAUACCCACAUUGGUUAUCAUCAGGCGACUGGGAUACUAAAUCUUCUGCAAAAUCCUUUGUAACACAACAGAAGAUAACGUGUAAACUUUUUUCCACGAAUCUUUGGAAUCCAUUCUGAUCAUCUGUUCACUA